GCUAAAAAAAAUAAUCAAGGUAAAAUAACUGUAAGACAUCGAAUUGAUUUUAAUCGAUCUAAAAAUAUUGAAGGUUCUGUAAUUAAAAUUUUAUAUAAUCCAAAUCGUUCUGCAAAUAUUGCCUAUAUUAAAAAUGAUUUUAAAUCUUAUUUAAUUUCAGCACCAGAAGGUUUAAAAAUUAAUCAAUAUAUAAAAAGUUCACCUAAUGCUGAAUUAAAAGUAGGUAAUGCUUUACCAUUACAAAAUAUACCAAUAGGUAGUUUAAUCCAUAAUAUUAGUUUAUAUCCCCAAUCUCGUGGAAAAUUAAUAAGAAGCGCUGGUACUUCUGCCCAAUUAAUUAAAAAUAAUAAUAAUAAAUAUGCUAGAAUUCGUUUAAAUUCAGGUGAAUUAAAAUUAAUGUUAUCAACUUGUUAUGCAACAUUAGGUAUUGUAUCUAAUAUUAACCAUAAAAAAUUAA